AUGGCAGGUGAAUGUGACCGUAACCCGUACUGGAUGCGAAUCAAGUGUGCAAAAACUUGUGGAACGUGUAAUUGCACUUUAAAAAAAGCGAAAGAAUGUAUUUCGACCGGCAUCAAGUGCUACCUUCCUACCACAACGUCAACAACAACAACAACAACAACAACAACAACAACGACAACUACUUCUCCACUUUCAUCUACUACUCAUGUCAUUACAACCAUGACAUCAGCUAGUCAUCAAGCUGCUAGAAAUGGAACGGAUCCGACCGAUCAAUCAGUUGACUCCUCGUUAUCUCUCGAAAAUCGAACACGUUACGGGUACCACAAAAGUGUAACAAAUUAUAAGAAUUUCAGUAUGUUCACGCAAGCAAAGAAGAUUUCACCAACAACUACAACUAAACUUAGAACAAUUCUCAAAACAACAACUCCAAUUACGACUACUACUGAAUCAUGUUUCAAUUACAACCAGUACUGUCAAUUUUGGGCUGAUAAUGGCGAAUGUGAACGCAAUCCAUUCUGGAUGAAAUCUAACUGUCAGAAAGCAUGUGGAAGUUGUGCGAUGUUGCUUGGAAAGCCAUAUGCUCCCACUCCAAAGCACGGUCACUGCGAUGAUACGCAUAAGAACUGUGCAUACUGGGCUCUUGCAGGUGAGUGUGAGGCGAAUGCGAAUUGGAUGCAGUCAUACUGUCGUUUAAGUUGUCAUCUAUGCUAA